AUGAGGGACGAAGUGAAGAUGGACGCGAAUCGGCUCAUCGCCGAAGUUUACAAGCGACCCGCGCUUUGGAACCAGAGACACAUGUCCUAUCAUAAUCGAGAAGUGACCAACCGCAUUUGGGUGGAAAUUGCAGCGAUCUUCAAGCUUCCCAAACCAGUAUUAAAGGCUAAGUGGAAAGGUCUGCGAGAUACAUUUCGUGCCGAGCUCAAGAAGGAUCAAGUUUACCGAAAGAGUAAAUAUCAUCGUAACAGACCAGUAUGGAUUCAUUUCAAGAGUCUACAAUUCUUGAAAGAGCAAAUGCUUCCAAGGCCACCGAUUUGGGAGCGUGGAAAAGCAGGUAUAGCUGGAGAUCGCGGAUUAGGAGAAAACGACUCAGAAGGGAUGCUGACCAAGAAUGGUACGUCGUUGAGCAGAAGUUUGGACGACAGGGAUGCACUAGCUGAUCAUUUAUUGUCGAUGAGCAGCGAAAAUGGAACGUUGAAGAUCGAUGGUAUCGAUCAUCGAGUUGACGUCAAACAAGAACCGGAAGAGAGCUUCGAUAAUUUGGGAUUUCAAAAUGUGACAGAUAAUUUAGCGGACAAUGAAAUGAUGUUACAAAAUAUAUCACCUGAACAGGUGUUGAUGGGUGAGAGCGAUAAUGGUAUCGGACUAACGGUUGAUCCUCUCGAUGGUAAUCGUUUUGACGAUAAUUAUUAUUUCCUCAUGAGUCUUUUACCACACAUCAGAACUCUACCAGCCGAUCGAAGAAUGUUACUCAGAAUGCAAAUGCAAGAAUUGGUUUACAAGGAAGUUUAUAAAAAAGGUAACGACGAUGUCGAUGCCUCAUGAGAGAAGGAACUCGGACAAGCGUCGCCUACGACGCCAAAUUCAAAGAAAAAGAUGACCGAACUUCGUGGAGAAUCGAAGGGAGAUUUGUCUUCACAAUCUUCAAGAAAGAAACCGUCUUCUUCGUCGAAAGCGGAAAAGGUCGCGUAGCGAAACGAAACGAAUAGAUAUAUAUAUGUGUGUGUGUAUACAUAUAUAUAUAUACGACAGCUUUACAGUUUUGUUCCUUUCUACGCGUGGAUUUCUACCUGAAGACAAUGACACUUUCCGUUUUGCUCGUAAAACCAUUGAAAUUGGCCGUGAAGAUCGGUAGAGAGUAGAAACGAAGACGACGGUAACAAGAUCGUUUGAAUUCGUAUGAAUUUUUAUGAAAAAUCUUUCAAAAUACGCGCACUUUUUUUUUAGUUAAUUCAUAUUGUCACUGUAAGAUGUCGCGUCUGAUGAUUUUCUUUUUUCCUUUCUUUUUUUUUCUUUUUUUUUUCGUUGACAUACCAAGAUUCGUUUUUUUCCAAGGAAAUAGAAAUAAUUCGAUAUCGAUGCUCAACUCGAACCUUGCGUAACGGUUUUUCGAACGAGCGGAUGCACAAAUUUCUCUUAAACGAAAGUUCUUUGUGCCAUAAUUAGUACGUGUAUAGUACGAGGAGCGCACGAACGGGCUUCCAAUUGUUACUUUGCUUUUUUUCCACAUUAAUUUCGUCCAUCGACAUAUAUAGAUCGAUAUUAGUCGAUAUAGAAUGUAUGUACAUAGAGAUAAUCGACGGAGGAACGAUUGGUUGAUUGUUGAUAUAUCACGUGCAAGGAUGUCUUAUGCGAGAUUGUUUGCGGAAAAAAUAUUGUCGAGCGUGUUAUUAUUAUUAACUCGAUGAUUAUAAAUAAUUUUCAAAUUCAAUCGCGUAAACAACGAUGGUUAUUACAGAACGUCUCAGUGUAUAUAGAAUCAAGAAUAUCCAUUCUAUCGUAUUCCUUUUCUCACGGAAUUUACGUUAGCGUUGACCCCAACGUGCGUUGGAGGCAAUGAAAAAAGAAAAAGAAUAAGAAGAAGAGAAGGGAAAGGUAAAAAAAUAUCGAGCGAAAGGGAAGACAAACUAGGUCCUGGUCGAUAGCGUGGGAGUUAAAAUAUGUAUAAAAAGGGGUUCCGUAGGUUGAGAAUCACUGGUACGCUCGGUACCUGCAGGUACGAACGUGCAGCGUGCACCUGUGUGCCAAGAUGGACGCCAUGUAUAUACACUUGCGUGGCUCGGUAGUAGAAGUCAGUGCGCAUGCGCGACCGCUCGUGACCAGUCGCGCGACUCCGCUCUCAGUCGGCCGUUUCGCUCGCUUUCGCGCUGCGACUCGCGUCGUGUUCGGCUGUCGCACCUCUUCUCUUCCUCAGUUUGUCGUAGUCUCUUAUUCGUACGGUUGUUUGUUUCUCCGUUUCUCCGUUCGUUCGUUCGUUCGUUCGUUCUUUUGUUCGUUACAUAUAUCUUUUACCAUCGUCUCGCGGACCGUUCUUUCUAUGCUUCAAAUUCCUCUCUCUCUUUCCUUUUACCUCUCCCUCUUGUCCACUCGUUAUUACCGUUAGUCCAAAUGAAGCAUCUCCUUUUUUAUUUUCUUUCCUCGCACGAACGAACGGGGACGAGUCAAACGCACAGGUGUUUAUAUCAAUCUCUUGGCUGACAAGUCUCUACGGAAUAAA